AUGUCGGCUGAUCCAAGAUACGACUGGCGUCUGCGCGCUUCGAAGGAGAAACCGUUGAGCAACAAACUCGACAUACGCUACAAGCGAAGGACGGAACCCGAGUCCAUACCGGCUACCCCUGGCUCGGACUACUAUGCAGAGAUUGAGGCUUAUAAGAGCCGCUUUCAGGCGAUGUUGGACGCAGAGCAAGCGGAGGAGGAGGCUAUCGUUCAAGAGCGUCUUGCCAGCUGGUCUAUACAACGGCUCAAGUCUGAAGGGUACUGCUUAACAGAUAUGUCUGCGUUCUGGCUGGAGGAGACGCGCUUUGAAAGCUCGGUUGCGGCAUUCUCUCUUGGACCUGGUGUCACGCUUCCGCAUCAUCGUUUCGAAAACGGGACUCACGUUCUGGUCUCUCAUCUCGAUCCGCUCAAGGAACCAACUCGUAGAGGCAGAGUCCUACGCUCGACAACGUCGCAGCUGCAAGUGUCGUUCGAGGAAAAGUUUGACCUCACCGAAGACGGCGGGAAGUGGAGGCUGGACGUCGGUCGCAGCGACAUUGUCUAUGACCGAAUGCGCGCGGCUAUCAGCGCUCUGUCUCACGACCCCGCCGUUCAAGAAGCUGCUUCCGUUGCUGACGACCGCGAGAUCAUCCUCCGCGGAUCCUCGCUACGCGAUGUCCUUCUUCGAGCGUUCAAGCCUGGUGCACGAUAUGGUGAAGGACUCGUUGCGCCAGGAAUAUCGAACACGACAGACGCCAUGCUAUUCCAUGUGGACGAAGAUCAUGUCAGCCCUCCGCACGCCCCGUCCGGCUUACAGAACCCCGACGACGAAAACUACGUCCCUCAUUCGACGCUCGAUCAUCCCGGUCACUUUCUCGAUUCGUCUGAUGGCGCCCUUGCGGGAGACAUGCGAAUCAUGAGUUGGGCUCGCAGAUUCUCACGUCCUGACCCUAUCUGCGUCGAGGGAGAUCCCGAGCUGGUUGGUUUGAACGCCACGCAAGUGCGUGCCGUAGCCACCAUGAUUGCGCAACGAGCUAGUCUGGUGCAGGGCCCGCCUGGAACGGGCAAGACGAAGACCAUCAUCGAAGCCGUUCGACUACUCAAGAGGGAGUUCGACGUCGCUAUCCCGAUCCUGGUGUGUACGUAUACCAACGUCGCCGUUGAUAAUCUCGUCGAGGGACUGGUGGCCAGUGGACUCCACCCCGUACGAGUGGGCUCAGAGGGCAGUAUCAAGGAUUCCAUGCAAGACCACUCCUUGUCGGCAAAGCUCGAUGAACAUCCGUCGGGUGAAGAGCUGGAGAAAUUGGUCGCUAACAAGGAGGGAGUUAUGAAGCGUCUGGAAACUUUAGAGGGUGACUUGGAGAAACUGAGCCGGGAACCCACCACCGCUAGGAGGACGAAAUAUAUCGACAACAUGUCCGCAGCUAUCGUGAAGCUGGAGCGGCAGCUGUCCUCACUCAAAGCCAUGAUAAACGGUCUCAAGGCCAAAAUGACCAAGGACGUCUUGAACGAGGCAGACGUGAUAUGCUCAACUAGCUUGACUGCGGUCCACCCAUCGUUUCGCCACGUGGAUUUUCCAGUUGUAUUCCUCGAUGAGGCAUCCAUGUCGACCGAGCCUGCGACCCUCAUCCCUCUAAUGAAGGGCUGUCGUCACUUGUCCUUGAUUGGAGAUCAUAAGCAGUUGCCGCCAGUCAUACUCAGUUCGGAGGCGCGAGCGCAAGGCUUGGCCAUCAGUCUCUUCGAGCGUCUCACGGAGGAAGGAGUCGUGCCAAGUAUCAUGUUGGACACACAGUAUCGCAUGCACCCGGCCAUUUCACGCUUUCCCUCUGAAGAGUUCUAUAACCGUGCGCUUCUCGACGGCAUGGUCGACAAAGCGGGAAACGUUCCCGACCGUCUGUUGCCUCCCACGUCUCAGCAUCUAACUCCGACUGGCGAAACGGGCAAGCGACCUUCUGUCGUCUUCAUGGAUCACCGCGGUCCCGAGUCGGCGAGCGGACGUAGUCGCGUGAACUGGACCGACGCUAUGGUCGUGUGCUCCGUGGUCAAUGACCUGCUGUUAUCUAAUCCCGAACUUAAAGGUUCGGAUAUCGGCGUCAUCGCACCGUACGCGGCGCAAGUCCGCCUCCUUCACCGUCUGUUCAACUCCGACACUCGUACUCUCGAGCGUUUCAAGGCCUCCCUCGGCGAACACCGCGCCAUGCAGCUUGGCAACAUCGAAGUCAAAACGGUUGAUGGCUACGAAGGCCGCGAGAAGGAGGUCAUCGUCUUCAGCACCGUUCGCAACAACUCAGCGGGCCAGAUCGGCUUCCUUUCGGACCGCAGACGCCUGAACGUCGGCCUGACCCGCGCCAAGCGCGCACUCUUUGUCGUCGGCAGUCUUCAGACUCUUGGUGCUGGACGCGUCGACGAGCGGAGGAUGCGCAAGGAGAUGGAACGUGAAGCGGCUGCUCAGCAGGGAGAGCCCGCCCCCACGCCAAAGCCUGCGCGCACGAGGAGCGAUGUUUGGGGCCGCUACGUCAAAUAUCUGAAAGAUGAGGAUCUGAUUCGGCCUCUUGAGGGCGCACCUCUGCGCACAAUCCUGGCCGAGCACACGCAUAUGCCACCUGCACCUCCCGCUAUCGAAUCUUACACCACUUUCCGCUUAUGA